UAAAUUCGAAGAAUACGAAGUCAAAGCUCCCCAAACCCACCUUCUCCGACCUUCGCCGCGGGACCCAAUUGCACCCCAUUUCUCAUUUCUGAUCAUCUCACAGUCACACACUCUUUGGGGCGAGUAGUCAAUUUUCUGAAGAAUUUUUUUUCAUUCAUAAUGGCAGCUCGGACUUUCCAUGGAAGUUUUAUACCUUGUUUCUGCGUUCUACGAACAACAACAAGAACUUCAACGAGAGAGUGGGCGUUUUCUUUAAUUUCUUACUGUUCCCUUUGGUGGGUAUGGUUGAUUUUUCCUGCCUCACGAACUUCCCUCAUUUGGGUUUCAAGAUCCAAGGCCAAAGAAAACUGGUGGAGUGGAGUUUCGUAGUGGAUGAGUAAAUGAAUUCAGCUCUCCACAGAGGGUUGGCAUCUAGUCCUCAUGGAAUUAGAGGAAUUGAGAAGUCAUUGAAAUCUUCUUCUUGUAAUAAUCUCAUGCCUGAAGGUUUGCGCUCCGGGAAGAGAAUUCUUGAUCCACAAGGGCCUUUCCUUCAAAGUUGGAACAAGAUAUUUGUGCUGUCUUGUGUGGUUGCUGUUUCAUUGGAUCCUCUGUUCUUUUAUGUUCCUGUGAUUGAUAAUAGAAACAAGUGCCUUAGGUUAGAUGAGAAAGUGGAGACCGUAGCCUGUAUAUUGCGAUUGUUUACAGAUUUAUUCUAUGUCGUGCAUAUCGUUUUUCAGUUUCGUACAGGAUUUAUCGCUCCCUCUUCCCGAGUGUUUGGAAGAGGUGUUUUAAUAGAAGAUUCUUGGGCAAUAGCAAUGAGGUAUCUGUCAUCAUACUUUCUAAUUGACAUAUUCUCAGUCCUCCCACUUCCACAGGUGAUGAUUCUGAUAAACAUCCAUAAAAUUAGAGGUUUGAGAUCGUGGAAUACAGAGAACUUGCUGAAACUUGCUGUAUUAUGUCAAUUUGUGCCGAGGUUUCUUCGAAUCUAUCCUCUGUAUAAAGAAGUUACAAGGACCUCUGGCAUACUCAUUGAAACUGCUUGGGCAGGAGCUGCAUUUAAUCUCUUUCUCUACAUGCUAGCCAGUCAUGUAUUUGGGUCAAUCUGGUACUUAUGUUCUGUCGAACGAGAAGCCCAAUGCUGGCAUGAUGCUUGUAGCAAACAUCCUGGCUGUAAUCUUACUUCCUUGUAUUGUGGCUACAAUUACAGUCAUGAAGGAAACCUAUUUCUCAAUGCUUCUUGUCCAAUCGAAAAGCCAAAUGUAGGAAUCUUUAACUUUGGAAUAUUCCUUCAAGCCCUUCAAUCUGAUAUUGGGGAAUCACACUUUCCCAAGAAGUUUCUUCACUGCUUUUGGUGGGGCUUAAGGAAUCUAAGCGCUUUGGGUCAAAAUCUCACUACAAGUACUUGCAAAUGGGAAAACUGCUUUGCCAUUUUGAUUUGCAUCUCUGGCCUAGUGUUGUUUGCGUCUCUCCUUGGCAACCUGCAGAUGUGUUGGCGAUCCACAAACACAAGGGUGGAGGAGAUGAGAGUGAGAAGGAGAGAUGUCGAACAAUGGAUGUCACAUCGUUUACUCCCGGAGAAUAUAAGGGAGCGAGUUCGAAGGUAUGAACAUUACAUGUGGCAGGAUACCAGAGGCGCUGAUGAACAUAAUCUGCUGGAUAAUCUGCCUAAAGACCUCCAUAGAGAUAUUAAGCGCCAUCUUUGCUUGGUUUUGCUUAUGCGAGUUCCAAUGUUUGAAAAGAUGGAUGACCAAUUGUUGGAUGCAAUGUGUGCACGUCUAAAGCCCGUGUUGUACACAGAAGAAAGCUGCAUUGUUCGGGAAGGGGAUCCAGUCGAUGAGAUGCUCUUCAUCAUGCGAGGCAAGCUCUUAACCAUGACUACAAAUGGAGGGAGAACUGGUUUCUUCAACUCUGAUUUCCUCAUGGCUGGUGAUUUCUGUGGAGAAGAGUUACUGACUUGGGGUCUAGACCCUCACUCCUCAACCAAUCUCCCCAUUUCAACUCGAACCGUUCGGUCACUCACAGAAGUCGAAGCAUUUGCCUUUAAACCCGACGACUUGAAAAUUGUAGCCGCUCAAUACCGUAGGCUUCACAGCAAGCAGCUGCGCCAGAUUUUCAGAUUUUACUCACAGCAAUGGAGAACCUGGGCAGCUUGUUUCUUACAAGCAGCAUGGAGGUGGCAUCAGAGAAAGAAGCUCAGGGAGUGUGUCAGGGAAGAAGAGAGUAGGUUGAAAGUUACACUGGCUUCCAUCGACGAGCGGUCACCGAGUUUAGGCGCCACCAUUUAUGCAUCUAGAUUUGCAGCCAACAUGCUUCGGGCGAGGAGACGAAACAGUUCUGGGAAAGCUAGGAUGUCCAUGCUGCUUCAGAAGCCAGCAGAGCCUGAUUUUAGCUUGGAAGACAACAACUCUUAACCAUACCGUUAGAAAGAUGAUACUUGCGUUUGUUGUUUAUGACUUUAUAUUGAAAUUGUGUUCAUUCAUUCUGCAAUGAUCAAAACCCAUUUUAAAAAUA